ACAACAUUCUACCCGUGUUACUGCUGUUGGUGUUUCUUGUUCUUGUUCCAAGCUUCAUUUCCUGAAUCUGGUCGUCACGCCUUCUACUUUUGUGCCAUGAAUGAGGGUCGAAUCGCAUUUCGUGUGUUGUUAGUGUGCAACACUUUCGUUUAUAGGUUCUCCUGGGAGUUAUUAAGUAGUGAAAUGGUGGUGGUGAUCACGGAGAUAUGCAUGGAUAAGGAGCCGGAUUGUGUCGUAGCACAUUCGAACGGCGAUUGCCAUGAUCCCAGUCCUGAAUCUCUUCCCAAUCAGUGCGAUCUUGCAGACUCAAAGGACAAUGUUGCUGGAGAUCCCGAACUUCAAAGUUCAGAGGAGAGCUCAGAAACAAGGGAGUAUGAAGUGAAGGAAUGUACAAACGAAAGCUCGGUCGUGACAUCCUCCAAGGCAAAACGCGCCGGAAAAUUUGAAAAGGAUCAAACAGUGUUGAGCUCAAAAAAUGAGGCCAGAUCAGAUGCUGAGAGAGCAAAGGAGGGUAAAAAGUCGAAAUCAUCUGUUAAGGAUUCAUCAAAGAGGACAGCGCAGCAUAAUAACCGAACUAAGUACACCGUUCCACACCCUUUUUCCCUCGCAACCGAAAAGCGCGCUUCAUUUGGAGCUCGUCCCGCUGAUGAUACUAUGAAGGUAUCCAAUGGUAAACCAGUGCAGCGUUCUCAUGCCAUGCAGCCAAAUCAGGUGACCCCAAGACAACAGUUGAUGGAUUUGGUAUCGAGAAAGUCCUUGUUCCGAUAUAACAAGAAGGGUCCAGAUGAGGAAGACUCUUUAUCUGUCUCUUCGUGCACUAUCGCAUCCAGACAAGGCGCAAAAUCACGAAUGACUCCUGCAUCAGCUCCAGUAUUUAGAAGCACCGAACGUGCGGAGAAAAGGCGAGAGUUUCUUUCAAAGUUGGAGGAGAAACACCGAGCGCUGGAGGCACAAAAGGUCCAGGCUGAUGCGAGGAACACGGAGGAGAGAGAAGCAACUAUCAAGCAACUCAGAAAGAACUUGACGUUUAAGGCUAACCCAAUGCCGAGCUUCUACUAUGAGGGUCCUCCGCCUAAGGUUGAACUGAAAAAGAUACCGACGACACGUGCAAAAUCUCCAAGACUCGGUCGCAGGAAGAGCUGCGGUGAUGUCAAUUUUUUUCCAGAAGGGUGAGAGUAAGGCAAAUUCGUGCUCGGGGACAUUUCCAUGAAUCUGAGCAAUGGGGAGAAAACAAAAGAAAGGAGUGAGUAUACUGGUGUCGGUCCGUGUGUGAAUAAAGUUCAGUGUGAACUCUCAUAAAUGAGAAAUUUAGGAGAGUUGAUUGAGCCGUGGAUAAGUUAUCUAAGUUAUAAGAAGGAAAGGGUUUCAUUUUCCUUCGUUUCCCCGAGUGUCUCAUCUUCUAAUUGCUGGGCCUGGAGGAUUUCUUGCAUUGGCCUGUGUAACUUAUGAAAUGUAUCUGUGUUAUUUUACAUAGAAAGGGAGUUCCCAUUUUCUGAUAAGAGCAAA